CUGGACGAAGACUCAUAUCUGGGCGUGUCCUCAUUAGGGCUUUGCCGUGGAAAUGCUCCUACACAGCCAUCGGACAGCGCUGAGAAGGAGUCAGCCAAGAGCAGGCCCCAGAUGUGUAUAUAUAUCUCAAACUUACAAGUACUUCCAGAACCCAUCUAGGACCAGGAUGACUGCCUCCAUCGAGACCUCCAACAGCCAUGCAGCAACACACAAGAGCAUCAACGCCUGGCAACAGCCGGGCCCAGCGUCCUACGAUUUCCGUAGCGACGUAAUGACCACGCCGACCGAAUCUAUGCUGCGCGCCAUCACUAGCACCACGCUGCUAGACGAUGUCUUUCUCGAGGACCCCACGACCAACGACCUUGAGGCACACCUAGCCUCCCUCUCCGGUCACGAGGCUGCGCUGCUCGUCAUGUCCGGCACGAUGGGCAACCAAGUCUCCCUCCGCACGCACCUGACUCAGCCACCACACUCCGUCCUAUGCGACAUCAGGGGCCACAUCGUCAACUACGAAGCUGGCGGCGUCUCAUCGCUGUCCAACGCCAUGCUCAUCCCCAUCAUGCCGGCCAACGGGCACCAUCUGACGCUUGAGGACGUUGAGAGGCAUGCCAUCAUCUCCGACGACGUGCACGCCUGUCCGACGCGGGUCAUCUCCCUCGAGAACACGCUUGAUGGGAUGAUUAUGCCGCUCGACGAAGUUCGCAAGAUCUCGGCUUUUGCCCGCGAGCACGGCAUUAAAAUGCACCUCGACGGGGCGCGCAUCUGGGAAGCUGUGGCUGCGGAUGCGGGUAGCCUACCCGAUUUCACCACCUGCUUUGACAGCGUCAGCUUGUGUUUCUCGAAAGGUCUUGGGGCCCCGAUCGGGAGCAUCAUUGUUGGUUCCAAGUCCUUUAUCGCCCAUGCCAGGCGCAUACGCAAGAUGCUCGGUGGCGGCACGAGGCAGGCAGGCGUGAUAUCUGCGGCAGCACGGGUCGCCGUGGAUGAAACGUUUGGCAAAGGUCCCAGAGGUGAGGGCGGGAAACUGCGCGCCGGCCACGCUCAAGCUCGCAGGAUCGCAGAACUGUGGCAGAGCAAGGGCGGCCAGCUCACAAAACCAGUCGAGACGAACAUGGUCUGGCUGGAUAUCGAGCACGAAGGAUUCACGGCAGACACUUUCGCCGAGCUUGCAGCCACAGAGGGCAUCAAGGCUCGCGGCGGCAGGUUAGUAGUGCACUAUCAGAUUACAGAGGAUGCUGUUCAGCGAUUAGGACGGAUCAUGGACAAGAUGCUCAAGAACGGAGACAGUAGCAAACAGAAUGGACUCAACGGCCAGUAAUUGACCUAUCCUUGAGCUUGAUCAGUUGACCUAGGAAGGUGUUUUCGAAUGUGAAAUGCAGCCUGCAAGGCGCUCAACUCAGCCCGACUCCAGCAUAGAGUAACGACUCCAACAGUAAAAAGUGGUCCCACACCUGUCUCCUUUCGCCCUUGUCUUGUCAUCCACAACUUCUGAAAGAGCAGUACGGGAGUGAGGCCGUUAUGAACAAAAAUUUUCCUCGUUACACGAUCCUCGCCCGACCAUAUUAUCCAACCACACCUGCUCCCAUGUCCAAGAAUGCCUCGUCGCCAAGUGAAGCAGCAUCGAUCUGCUCCAUGUCGAAAGCGGAGCGCCCAACGCUCGAGAUCAGCUUCCAUGAAUUUCUAACAAGAUUUGCGAAUUUUGGUUCCGCCUGCUGUCAACAUGCAACGGCGUCGUGCCUGCAAUGAGAGCAGGCAGCAUAAGGUAGCAAAACAAAAGCACACUGUGCACAACAGAGCCCAGUGUCGUCAGCAAAAAGUGGGAAUAAAGGUUGCAGAAGCUCUGCGAUUGCUGUCUCAUGCAGCGGAAAAUGAACUCCGUGAGCCCUUGGAAAACCCCAUGAACAUAAGAAAGAUUGAGUGUCGUCAAAUUCGUCCAACUGGUGGACCAUUCAAUGGUCACACCUUUUUCUCCGUGGCGACACAAGACACACCGUUUAGGUCGUCUGGGCCAUGCCCCCAUCAUAAACCAACAAGGUGACAAGAACGCCGCAAUAUGCUGAAGACUCUUUCGAUGUUGAGAAAUGGCUUGUCAACCUGCAAUGCCCAUCUGACCUGGCCUAGGCUGGAAGCUGUGCCUACCAGAAGGUGUACCUCCAUGGCUUCCUCCGCUUCCGGAGCUACCAGCUCGGUCUCUGGCGUAAGGGCUAUUGGGAGCGCUAAAGUUGAAGUCGUUUUUGGGGGCGGAUGUGGCUGAAGCGAUAUUUUGUACAGGACGGACGGAACUCUGCUUUUGCCAGGCCGUAGCUUGGUAAGGGUCAACAUCGACACGUGUUGCCACAGGUCCAAUCGAACUUGAAGCUGACGCAGGGCUGCGGAUUGGGGCAUCAGCUGGCUGAACUGUUUGCUUUUGCACCUGACCUCUCGCAAUAUGGCCGUAUCUUGAUAGGAUUUCCUUGGUCGUGAUUUCUGCGGUCCCAGCGUGAAGGCUGCUAUCAGUCAAGAUGGACUGUAAAUCUUCUGGAACCUGUGAAUACAUCUGUUAGCAGGCUAUCCAAGAGAGUCAUAUUAAGAAGGCCCUCGUACCUGACAGCAAUAGUCGUUGUACUCGAUCAAAGUGUUAACGGCUUCUAUGGCGAGGAAACUGUCGUCAACCUGCGGAACUUGUGGCUGUCUG